GACAAGAAGACAACCAAGUUUUGUUGAUGAUAACAAAAGGAAGAGCAAAACAAAAAUAAUAGAAUUGUUGGUCUAAUUAAAAUGCUUCACUCCUAUCCGGAGUUAAGAAAAAAUACAAAACCAGAUAAGUUCUUAAAUAAUAACAAUAAUGAUCGAAAAUUUAUUAAAAAUUCAAUUAAUGCUGAAGGAUUCUCAGUAUUUUAUGAAAAUACUUUGCAUACGCCACCAUUUUAUUCUAUUCGAAAUCCAAAACAAUCAAUUCAACAACAACAUUACAUUUCAGCAAUAUCAUUAUCACAACCACCGUCCCAAUUACCAGUGCAUUCCUUAACAAAUCCAUUAACAGCUAUCAUGACAACAGCUACAACUACAAAUUCAAAUGGUAAAAAUAAUUGUAAUAAAAGUGGUACUGAAAUUUAUGGUAGUAGCGUUGUUGUUAAUAUUAAUCAGCAACAACAACAACAACAACAAAUAUCUAACAAGAAUAAUAAUACUGUAAAUAAUAACAAGAACGAAGAGAAUCGCCUUAAUCAAAGAAUUUUAGGUUCCUGUAAUACACGAACCAAUACUGCUUUUGGUGUAGCGAAUCAACCACAGGGAAUCACUGGCAUUACAAAUUUAAAUAUAAAUAAUAAAAAUAGUAAUAAAAUUUUUAAUACGAAUAAUAGUAAUAAUAAAAAUAAGAUAAUGAGUAAUACUGGUGUAAAUAUAGAAAGCACUGUGAUUGAUGAUACUAGUUAUAAAAGAAAUCCUAUUAAUAUUAAUGUAAAUAAUAAUACUAGCGGUGGUAGUUAUAGGAAAGAGCAACAACACCAAAAACAACAACAACAACAGCAACAACAAUUACAAUAUAACAAUGAAAAUACAAUAAACAGUGGUAGAAAACGUAUUUCAAGACAAAAUUCUAGUGCUAGCGAUACGAAAUCCCAUAUAAGGCGACAUAGGCAACAUGAUUCCGAACGAAUGCAGAAGCAACAAAAAGGCUGUGAAAAAUAUUAUAGCAGUCAAUCAACGAUGCAAUCUGGUAAACCAAAUUCUGGAAAUGCUAGUGGUGGAAUAAGUGGUUCUUCUACAGGUGUUGGCGGUGUUUCUACGAACAGUGGUAAUACUGGCGGAAUUCCAACUAAUUCUAACACAAAAAAUUCUGCUACUAGUGGUGGUAACACAAUGAACCCAAACAAUAUUGUAAACGGACGUAGUACAAAACGUUUACCAUCAUUAAGUAGCGCUGAUUCAACAUCAUCUUCGUCAUCUUCCUGCAGUGGAUCAUGUAGUGAAGAUGGUGAUACCAGUUCAACAUCAUCCGGAGAACCAAAUUUACCAUAUCCUGGUUUUCCAGCAGUUGCACUUAAAUAUUUAACACAGGAUACAAGACCAAGAAAUUGGUGUUUAACAUUAAUAACAAAUCCGUGGUUUGAAAGAAUAUCAAUACUAGUUAUAUUAUUGAAUUGCAUAACUUUAGGAAUGUACCAGCCGUGUGUAGAUGAUAGAUGUGAAUCGAAUAGAUGUAAAAUAUUGCAGAUGUUUGAUGAUAUAAUCUUUGCAUUUUUCGCACUGGAGAUGUCAAUUAAAAUGGUUGCUAUGGGAAUUUAUGGGAAAAAUACAUAUUUAGCUGAUUCAUGGAAUCGUUUAGACUGUUUUAUUGUUUUUGCUGGAUUACUUGAAUAUGUUAUGCAUGUAGAAAAUUUAAAUUUAACUGCAAUACGAACAAUACGUGUAUUACGACCAUUGAGAGCAAUUAACAGAAUACCAAGUAUGCGAAUAUUAGUCAUGUUAUUACUUGAUACAUUGCCAAUGUUGGGUAAUGUUCUUUUGUUAUGUUUCUUCGUAUUUUUUAUUUUUGGUAUCGUUGGAGUUCAACUUUGGGAAGGCAUAUUAAGACAAAGAUGUGUACUAGAUCUUCCAUCAAAUGUUAUAGCACCAAAGCCACUUCCAGAUGAAUACAGAGUUCGAGUCCGUGUAAAUUCCGUGUCAUUUUAUUAUGAGUUUUCCAAAGAACAGGAUUACAUUUGUUCAAAACCAGAAGACUCAGGUAUGCAUCUAUGUACAGAUCUACCACCAUAUCGUGAAGGGCGAAUGGUUUGUAAUGCUACCGCCCUCCCAUUACCAUCUUUAAAUUAUAAAACGAAUGUAUCUUGUGUUAACUGGAAUCAAUAUUAUACAAACUGUACACAAUUGGGUGGUAAUCCAUUUCAGGGAACAAUAUCAUUUGAUAACAUUGGUUUAGCAUGGGUUGCGAUAUUUUUAGUAAUAUCUCUUGAAGGUUGGACAGAUAUUAUGUACUAUGUACAGGAUGCACACAGUUUUUGGGAUUGGAUAUAUUUUGUUCUUUUAAUUGUGAUUGGCUCAUUUUUUAUGAUCAAUUUAUGCUUAGUUGUUAUUGCAACACAAUUCUCUGAAACAAAAAAACGUGAAAUGGAACGUAUGAGACAAGAGCGUGCUAGAUAUACUUCAUCAUCUACAUUGGCAUCAAGUACAAAUAAUUCUGAACCUGCAACAUGUUAUGCUGAAAUUGUGAAAUAUAUUGCACAUCUAUGGCGAAGGCUUAAAAGGCGACUGAUUAAGAAGUACAGAUUAUAUAAAGUUAUGCGGCAAUAUUCUAGUCAACCAAAUAAAUUUCGAAAUUAUAAAUAUAGGGCACUUAGAUAUCAGAGACAACAAACCCGUGAAGGUUUAUUACCAAAUGCUGAUAAUCUUACAUUUUCACCAAGUCGUAUUAAAUGUCAUCAUCCAAAAUGUCCAAAAUAUAAUCGUAAACCAUCAAAUAUUCAAGAUCAAAUGAUAACUGUUAUGGUACCAUUAAAUUCAAAUAAUAAUAAUUUGCAAGGGGCCUCAACACAAAAUUUAAAUUUAAUACCAAACAAUAAUAGUAUAAUACAGCAUAUAAAUAAUAAUAAUCAUACAAUAAAUGGUAAUAAUGGUACAACUGGUAUUACUGGAAAUAUAAUUGGUAGUGCUGGUCAUAUUAGUAGUAUUGGUGGAAGUAAUAUUGCUAUUGGCAUGAAUAAUAGUCAUAAUUCAUCACCAGAUAAUUCAGAAUAUUCAAUUGAAGUGACUGGUGGUCGUACAUCAAAUUUAAAAAAAAAUACAAAUCAUACAAAAGAUGAUAUUAGUAGCAAUCAGAAGACAAUUUUAUUAAAAAUACCAUCUGGAAGUGAUACAGAAAAAUUUAUUAAUCCUUGUACAUCGGGAUUUUUAAGCCCUCCAACAUCGGCAAGAAGACGAUCAUCUGUUAUGUUUAAUGAAUAUGUUAUAUUACAUACACCACCAACAAUACCCGAACCAACACCAGACAAAAAUGUUUGUUCAUCUGAAAAAAUGACACAGGCAGGUGAUGGAAGUAUUUGGCAGGUUAAUUUACCCCAAACUUUGGGCACCAAUUUGUCAAAUUCAUUUGCUGAUUGUUCUGAACUAUCAUUACAUGAUGCUAUGACUUGUCAAGAGUUAUUAGCAUUUUCAGUUGCAUUUUCUGCUGCUUUACCAACUGGUCAAGGUACAUUAGAAUCAUUUUACACAUCAUUAACACAACACGCAACUGGUCAACAACAUAACAUUAAUUUAGAAAAUCAAAACACCAACAAUUUAAUAGAAGAUUAUUCAUGUUGUUAUGAUUUAUAUCAAAAUGCAUUAAGUCCACAAGAGGAACAUCGUAAAAAAAAGCGCAAAAGACUGACAUCAGCCUGCGUUGCUAUUUAUCGUUUUAUAUCAAAAAUUUUUAAUUUUAUUAGAAGAUAUAUAAAACUUUUGGUUGAACAUAAAUAUUUUCAACAAGGAAUACUUUUAGCAAUUUUAAUUAAUACCCUAUCAAUGGGUAUAGAAUACCAUGAUCAACCGGAAGAAUUGACGGCUAUUGUUGAAACAAGUAAUAUUGUUUUUUCAGCAAUAUUUGCUGUUGAAAUGCUCUUAAAAGUAUUAGCUGAAGGUCCAUUUCGUUAUAUUGCAAAUGGAUUCAAUGUUUUUGAUGGCGUUAUCGUAAUUUUAAGUGUUAUUGAAAUAGGACAAAAUUUUAAUAAUGUUGGAGGUGUAAAAGGCAGCAGCGGUUUAAGUGUAUUGAGAACAUUUCGUUUAUUAAGAAUUUUAAAAUUAGUUCGAUUUAUGCCAAAUUUACGAAGGCAACUUUUUGUUAUGUUAAGAACAAUGGAUAAUGUUGCUGUAUUCUUUUCCCUUUUGGUACUUUUUAUUUUUAUAUUCAGCAUACUUGGCAUGUACCUAUUUGGUGGUAAGUUUUGUAAGUUCAUGGACGAUACUGGACAAGAGAGGGAAUGUACUUGUCCGGAAAUAAUCAGCAAACAUCCACUUUGUGAAUGUGAUCGUAAGCAUUUCAACAACUUUUUAUGGGCCACUGUUACUGUUUUUCAAAUUCUCACCCAAGAAGACUGGAAUGUUGUUUUAUUUAAUGGAAUGGAAAAAACAAGCCAUUGGGCAGCUCUUUAUUUUGUUGCUUUAAUGACAUUUGGAAAUUAUGUUCUGUUCAAUUUAUUGGUUGCUAUUCUCGUCGAAGGAUUCAGUUCAGAACGUAAUGAAAGGCGUGAACGUGAACAACGUGAAUUAGUAAAAAAAUUACGUGAAGAAAAUUUAGCAGCUGAAAAUUUAAGUGAUGGAAUAUUCGAUGAAUCUGAACGCAGCCCUUCCGAAUCUUCAUCAACAAAUGGAAGUUACUCGGAAAUUCGAAAUAAGUGGCAUAGUGCAGAGGAUUUGAGAAAAGCAAAUGAAAAUAUGGAUUAUACCUCAGAGCCCAAAUGUAAUAUACAGAAGCAAAGAUUAUUACAACCCAGCUUGGAUUAUCAACUAAAUGACACAUCAGCUAUAAGGAAAGUUUCUGAUAAGGAUAUCAGUAAAAUAAUUGAUGAUGAUAUAAAAAGUUUAAAAAAGACAUCUUCAAUUAAAGAAAGGAGACCGGAGGCUAGUAAAUUAGCUAAUUUAAGAGCACUUCGUGAUCCACCAAUAAUUAUGACAACAGCUGCAACUCCACAAGAUUCUCCGAGCACAACUUUGGAAUCUGGUGCAUCAUUUAAAAAUUGGAGUCAACAAGAAUUGCAAGCUAUGGAUGAUAAUGGUAGUGAAAAUAUCGGAAAGAGUAUUAGCUCGCCAUCACUCUUAAAGCCACCAGCUUUGUUAGGUGGUCAAAAAGUUAUGGAAGUUGAAAGAUUGCCAUCUAUUGAAUUUAUCCCACCUUCACCUCAAUUAGAACGUAAACCAUUGAAUAUACAAUCAAAUAGCCAACAAAUUAACAUAGGAAGCAAUACUAGCAUUAGUAAUUUAGAGCCUAGUAAUAGUAAAACAAGCCUAUCAGUGCCAUUGCAAUCUGGAAGCAACAUAAAUGAUACCUUACCACAUAUAAGUGAUUCGAGUGACCGGAACAUUAGUAAUGGUAUUAACAAUAAUAUUGGUAGUUGUAAUGGUACAAAUGGUAAUUUCACAACAGAUGAUAAAAAAAAUUUAGUUGACGCUAAUAAUGAAAAAGAGCAAAUUGUUGAAGCUCAAGUACAACGUAGCUCUAGUUUUAAACGUUUUCGACGUUCCAGUUCUAAAAAAAAGAAAAAAAAUGCUGGAAGUGAAACUGAAGAAGACAAUAUUGUAUUAAAUAAUGGACGUGAUAAUUCACAAUUAAAUAGUUUAGCUGCUCGUAAUGAUAGUUUCUUAAAAUCAGCAAACCGUAUACAAAAUGAUACAAAAGAUACAAAUAAAUUAAGUCCACAAAAUUCCAUAAGAAGAUUAUCAACGUCAUCGACUUGCAGCCGAUAUCGUAGUGGACAUAGUAGAGCUGGUAGUAUAAGUGCAGUUACUAGUCGACGAUCUUCUUCAUGUGUAUAUAAUAAUUCGCAAUUUUAUCAAAACUUAAAUCGACAUAAUUCAAUAAAAAAUUACUCAACACGCAGAAUGUCAUCAAUUGAAUUAGCAUUAGGAAAAUCUUCAAACUUGAAUAUCUAUAGUAUGGAAAAUCGUAAAUCGAUGGCAUUUAGUAAUUCUAAAAUCGAUUUGGAAAAAUGGGAAAAAUCUCUAUCAAGUUUAAAUGAAAUUGAGUCAAAUGCUGAUCAAAAAAAUCAACAUCAUCAUCGUCGUCAUCACAAACACCAUCACCAUCAUCAUCACCGUCGUAAAAGCACAAAACCUGAAAAUGAUGAUGAUGUUACCCUACCAGAGAAAAUUUCAAUUACUCAACACAUUAGUCAAGCUUCUGAACACGUAUCAAAAAUUAAAAUUUUAAUCGAACGUUUGAAGCCGAAACAUUUUACUGAAGAACGUGACACAUAUUCGCUUUAUAUUUUUCCAGAAACAAAUCGCUUUCGCCAAGGUUGCAGCUGGUUUGUGAACCAAAAAUGGUUUGACAAUGUUGUAUUGCUAUUCAUUGCUUUAAAUUGUAUAACACUGGCAAUGGAAAGACCUAAUAUUCCUCCAACAAGUACUGAAAGGCUUUUUCUAAGUACAGCCAAUUACGUGUUCACAGUUGUUUUUACAACCGAAAUGUUUAUAAAAGUCGUGGCGACAGGUAUGUUUUAUGGUCCAGAUGCAUAUUUCACAUCAGGAUGGAAUAUUAUGGACGGUUCACUGGUAACCAUAUCAAUAAUCGAUUUGCUAAUGUCGUUAAUUAGCGAAUCGAGUCCAAGAAUAUUUGGGAUUUUGAGAGUGUUUCGACUACUUCGGUCCUUGAGGCCACUACGAGUAAUUAACCGGGCCCCAGGUUUGAAAUUAGUUGUUCAAACGCUCUUAUCGUCCCUUCGACCCAUUGGCAAUAUUGUAUUAAUAUGCUGUACAUUCUUUAUCAUUUUUGGCAUAUUAGGUGUUCAGCUAUUCAAAGGCACCUUCUAUUAUUGUGAAGGUGAACACAUAAAAGAUGUUCGUAAUAAAAGUGAUUGUCUGUCGCAUGCUGGCAAUGCUUGGAUAAAUCGAAAAUAUAAUUUCGAUGAUCUAGGCAAAGCGUUAAUGUCAUUAUUUGUUCUUUCAUCCCGUGACGGCUGGGUGAAUAUCAUGUAUACAGGAUUGGAUGCUGUUGGUGUUGAUCAACAGCCGAUCGUCAACUAUAAUGAAUGGCGCCUAUUAUAUUUUAUCGCAUUCAUAUUAUUAGUUGGAUUCUUUGUGCUAAAUAUGUUUGUUGGUGUAGUUGUAGAAAAUUUUCAUCGUUGCCGUGAAGAACAAGAAAAAGAAGAGAAAAUACGUAGAGCAGCCAAAAGAGCGUUACAAAUGGAAAAAAAGCGUCGUCGAAUGCAUGAGCCACCAUAUUACACAAACUAUUCUCCGACACGUAUGUUUGUCCAUAAUGUGGUGACUUCAAAAUAUUUCGAUUUAGCGAUAGCUGCUGUUAUUGGUUUAAAUGUUGUUACAAUGGCAAUGGAAUAUUAUAUGAUGCCAGUUGCGCUUGAAUAUGCAUUAAAAAUAUUCAACUAUUUCUUUACAGCUGUUUUUAUAUUAGAAGCAAUUAUGAAGCUAGUUGCACUUGGCUGGCGUUUAUAUCUAAAAGACAAGUGGAACCAGCUUGACGUCGGAAUAGUUAUAUUGAGUAUAGUUGGUAUAGUUUUAGAGGAAUUAGAAACAAAUAUUAUUCCAAUUAAUCCAACAAUAAUACGUGUUAUGCGAGUAUUAAGAAUAGCACGUGUAUUAAAACUACUUAAAAUGGCAAAGGGUAUUCGAGCGCUUCUGGAUACCGUCAUGCAAGCGCUUCCACAAGUUGGUAAUUUAGGACUGCUAUUCUUUUUGUUGUUUUUUAUAUUUGCUGCAUUAGGAGUCGAACUAUUCGGGCGUCUAGAAUGUUCAGAUCAAAUACCAUGCCAAGGAUUAGGAGAACAUGCUCAUUUUGCUAAUUUUGGCAUGGCAUUUUUGACAUUAUUUCGUGUCGCAACCGGUGAUAAUUGGAACGGUAUUAUGAAAGAUACGUUGCGUGAUGAUUGUGAUGAUUCCGCUGAUUGUGUGAAAAAUUGCUGUGUUAGCUCCAUUAUUGCACCAAUAUUUUUCGUUAUAUUUGUCUUAAUGGCGCAAUUUGUAUUAGUUAACGUGGUUGUCGCCGUCCUGAUGAAGCACUUAGAAGAAAGCCAUAAACAGAUGGAGGACGAAUUAGACAUGGAAACUGAAUUAGAACGUGAAUUAGUCCGGGAGCAAGAAUUCGAAGAGGAGCAAGCUUUAUGUUUGCAAUUGCAAAACCAAAAAAAGAAUACUCAAAAACGUCCUCUAGAGAAAGUAUCAUCGCUCCCGGCCAAUUUCACUUAUAGUACACCAUCUUUAGAUAAAAAAUUUACAAACACGCAAAGGCGCCAGACAAUCCAGUAUUUAAAUCCUGUCCUUAAUGAUUUAUUAGCUAACGCAAAUGCAUAUAACACUUCUUCCACACAGCAUGUAAAAUCUCCAAUGUUAGCUACAAAACCAUCACAAUCACAAUCACAAACACUUGUUAAACCUGCAUCAGAACAAUUAGCAGCCAUUAUAGGUGACCCUAAAACCAAAAAAGUUGUAUCCGAAGAAGUAGCGGCAGAAGUAGUGGCUGCCGCUACAGCUGCAUGUAGUAAUGGUAGUGAAUUACUUUUAAAUAGAGCUAGAAGAUUAUCAAAACAAUAUCAAGAAUUAAAUGUACCAUCAUUAUCAUCUGCCUCAUCUCUAACAUCUGGAGUUCCUAGAAUCCAACCAUCAUCAUUAUCAUCUAUUUCCAAAACUAGACGUAGUUCCAUUAUUAGAGCAAAAAUGCUCUCAAGAGAGCAAUCCUUAGAUGAACAUGGUAUUCGACGUCGUAAAUUAGAGAAAAAGCGUAUGAGUUGCGAUAACUUGCCUUGGGGUUUUGAACGACGCGGUACUAUAUUUGAAAGUACUGAAAGUGAAACUGGUCCACCAUUAGAAUCAGAUAAACAAAGCGUUAAAAGUGAUGUGUGCACUGCCAAAAGAAUGAUGUUACUAAGUCCACAUUUUAAAACAAAAUCGGUUGAUGAACGAUGUCUCUCUUUAAAUGUUCCUAACUUAGAAUCAGAAAUUUCUGCAACUGUAACAACAAUAGGAGUAUCAACACCCUCAUCAACAUUAGCGACCAUAACACCAACUUCAGCACAGAUUCCAAUGACAACACAGCCUGUUAACGAAUUAUCACCGAUUAAUAUUAAACCUGAACGUAAACCAUUCGGACGUUCAUUAUCAAUUGAUCAAGCACCGUUAGGUCUACAACCGGCUAGGUUCCUUUCAGUACCCACAAGUUCAAGAAAUAUGCCGCCAAGAAGUCGUUCUGGUAGCACUAAACAGCUUUUUAAACAACAAGCUCUUGAUGAAGAUCAAGAUAUUGAUGAAAGCUCUUUAUUGCUUCCAACAUCAUCUACAGUAUCAUCCUCUAAACCAUUAAUAAUUGAUUCAAAAAUUUCUGCUGGAUCUACUGAAAAAUAUCAAGAAGGUAUGAGCAAAUCCGAUUCAGCAGAAAUUUUAAGAAUUAUAUCUGAACGUCGUCGUAUGGAUCAACGAGAUAAUAGUGGUAACGAGGAUUCAGAUUAUAAUGAAUUAUUAUUGGUAAAAUCUCCAUAUUCAUCCACGGAAACGUGAAAAUUAAAUUUUAACAUAAUAUAUAAAAAUAUGUCUAAAAAUGUGUACAUACACACAAUUUACCUUCCCAAUAACGACUUUAAAAUUAUAUUUAAAAUAACGAUAAAUAUAAGAAAUUGUAAAAAAGUAAGAAAAAAAAAAAUUAUAUAUUGUUGAAAUUGUAAAAACCUUAAAAUAAGUUUAUUACAUUUUUAAAUGAAAAAAUUUAACUUAACAAGAUAUAAAAUACAUUUUAUGUAUACUAAACAUGUACAUAUGCACACAGAAACCAAACAAAAACAAAAAUUCUAAAUUCUAAAAAAACCAAAACUAAAAAAAAAAAACAAUUUUUGAUCAGGAUGUUCUAUUGACUUUCAUGUACUAUACAAAAACUCUUAGUUAUAUAAAUUUUAUUACAAAUUCUUCCAAACAAUCAUACAAUUUCAACUAGUACUUAAUAUACGAGACAAGACUUAAACACUACAUUAUUUAAACAUUACUAUACUUACUAGAUUGAAAGGUGGGUUUUUGUCGGAUUGGAAAAUUUAACAACGAUAUUUUCAUUAUGUUAAUGAAAAAUUAAUGUAUGUAUAGAAGUUUUCAUCAUCUACGCAUUUCAGUAAAGCUUAUCAUUAUUGAAACUGAUUUACUUUUGAAAAAUUUUAUUAAUCUUUUGUUUCAAAAUGAAAAUUGAAAAUAUUUGAAACACAAAAUUACAUAUUAUUUUAAGGAGCAAUUAAAGAUUGAACUCAUAUUAAGAUUGGCAAUUAUUUUUCAAGUUGCAUUAAAUUUCUUUUCUAUGGCAUUUCAUAUGAAUUUAUAUGGUCACAUUCUUUUGAUUGUCGUAAUGAAGGUUAACUAAACCUAUGCAUAAAUUAAUUAUUAUUUUCAAUUUUUCACAUCGUAAAGCACUUUGAGAUGUCUUGCUAUUUUGAGCUUAGAUGAUUAUUAAAAUCAAACUCUAUGCAUUAACAUUAACGAAAUUAUAAUUAUGUAUAUAGUAAUAAUUUCAAAUAACUAAUUAUAAUUUGCAUCUAUAAAAUUUCUCAAAAUGUCCAAAAUAUAAAACAUCCUUGGAUAUUUUCAUAAAAUAAUUUUAAAAAUAAAAUAUACAUAUGAUGAAAAUAGGAAUGACUUAUCUACAAAAUAUCUGAUAAUUGACUUAAUUACAGAAAUUUUAUAAAAUAUAAAGAGUUUUUUAAUUCUUUUGGUCAA